AGAAAAUUAUAAAAAAAAAUAAUUGAUGUAAUUAAUCAAUCCAAAAUUCUUCACAUUUUUUUUUUUGAAUGGAGGCCUAAAAUUCUUCCCAUAUUCUUUUGAGACUAUAAAUAUUCAAAAUAUUAAUUAAAAUUACUGCAAUAGCAUUAGCAUCGCUAUGGUGUGCAUAUAUCGUUAUAGUUGAAUCAUUUUUACAGAAAAUAAUUAUAUAUAUAUAUAUAUAUGUAUGUAUUUUUAGGUUGUCAGUCCUCAUCUGACACCAGCUUCAGUGGUAUCGUGUCGCUUGCAAACCCUCACAACUCCGCCCCCAAAGUUUGGCAGCUCUCCACCGGCGACCACAGAAAUCGGCAACUAUCUGUAUUCUUCAAGGCACUAAGCGAGGCAGCUCAAGGAUUAUCAUUUUACACCACAAAUGAACAGCUCAAGAAAUUGUUCUCUCCAUUUGGGGCUGUUACAGAAGCAAGGUUAGUUAGGGAUCCUAAAACUCAAAGACCCAAAGGUUUUGGUUUCGUUACCUUCGAUUCAGAAGUUGAAGCUCGUAAUGCUUUGAAGGCCUUGAAUGGCAGGAUAGUUGAUGGAAGGCUAAUUUUUGUUGAAGUUGCAAGAAGCAUGCAACAUGGAGAGGAUGCUACCUCUUGACGAUGAAGCUCUUCUUCAAGUCAUUUUGUUGUUUAAUGUAGGAAUUUUAUAAGCCAUGAUUUGGGAGUUUCGUGGUGAAAUAUAGCUUGUAACACAAGAAACAUGGUGAUAUGUAUUUAAGAUAGAUUUUGCUACUGGACCAUCUCCAUUGCUACGCUAAUUAAAAGUUGGAGGCUGUGUGAAUGCUAAUCGGUGAAUUCAAUGAUUAAUCGUUAAUUUUAA